AUGAUCUUUUCUAAGCUACUCAGAAAUUGUUUCAGUAGUGAAGGGAGCCCGGAAAUCAUUCAACACUGGGGUUAUCCGGUUGAGGUACAUCAAGCUGUGACGGCAGAUGGAUAUGUUCUCACUCUUCAUCGAAUUCCAUAUGGAAAAGAAAGCAACAUUGCAACGUCUUCGCGACCGGUCGUAUUUCUUCAGCACGGACUUCUUUGCACAAGUUCUAUCUGGUUGCUCAAUCUACCUCAUCAAUCCGCUGGUUUCAUAUUCGCGGACAACGGCUUCGAUGUAUGGUUGGGCAAUAUGCGUGGCAACGCCUAUUCAAAACAACACGUCUCAAUUGGCAGCGAUUCUAGUGAUUUUUGGAAAUUCAGUUGGGAGGAGAUGGCUGAAUUUGACUUACCAGCAAUGAUUGACUAUGUAUUACAUAGAACUCAGCAACAAUCACUUUAUUAUGUCGGUCAUUCGCAAGGAUCAUUGACAAUGUUGGCGAAACUAAGCACGGAUAAGAAAUUUUCGCAAAAGAUACGGAAGUUCUUCAUGUUGGCGCCGGUCUCCCGAAUGUCGCAUGUGAAAGGAUUGUUUCAGUAUUUGGGACAAAUUUAUGAACAGUUCAAAGUGAGAGCAUUUUUCUUUUUAUUGCUUUUAACACUUAGAGUUCGACUCGUAAACGCUACUGUCCGUCGUCUUUAUUUGACGCUUAACAUUUCAGAAAAUUUUUCUCGAAUUGGUAUUUAUCUUGCUCAUAAUCCAGCGGGCACAUCAUCCAGAAAUAUGUUACAUUUUGCUCAAAUGGUCCACACAAAACGUAUGGCGUCGUUUGACCGAGGAAGUGAAGGGAAUAUUCGAUGGUAUGGGCAGAGCGUUCCCACUGAGUACGAUUUGACACGAAUUCAUUGCGACUCGUAUUUAUUUUAUUCGGACUAUGAUUGGCUAGCAAGUGCUGCGGAUGUUGAACAAUUCCUUCUUCCCGCUCUACCAAAGACGAGUGUCAAAUUCGCAAGGUUUCAAAUAUUUCAGUUUCAUCCAUUAUUUCUAUUCUUCUACUCAAUAUUACUCCUAGUUUCAUCUUUAUUCUCAUUAUAUUCGUGA